GCUCCGACCUCAGCAGAGUCCCCGCCUUCUGCCCAGCAGAGGACAGGUUGAAGAUGGCGGCGUCCGUGAAGAGUUUUCUGCGCUCCGCAAAGGGAACCGUGUCCACGCUGCGGGCGUUUCACAGGAGCGUUCCGGCCGCAGUGCAGAUGAACGUCCGUGAUGCCCUCAACCAGGCGAUGGACGAGGAGCUGGAGAGGGACGAGCGGGUGUUCCUGAUGGGUGAAGAGGUGGCUCAGUACGACGGAGCCUACAAGGUGAGCAGAGGUCUGUGGAAGAAAUACGGAGACAACCGUAUCAUCGACACUCCGAUCUCCGAGAUUGGCUUUACUGGUAUUGCAGUGGGAGCUGCCAUGGCCGGACUCAGACCCAUCUGUGAGUUCAUGACCUUUAACUUCUCCAUGCAAGCCAUCGACCACGUCAUCAACUCUGCAGCAAAGACCAACUACAUGUCCGCCGGUCUGCAGUCGGUGCCCAUCGUCUUCAGGGGACCCAACGGAGCAUCGGCCGGCGUCGCUGCUCAGCACUCACAGUGCUUCGCUGCCUGGUACGCUCACUGUCCUGGUCUGAAGGUCGUUAGUCCCUGGAGCGCAGAAGAUGCCAGAGGUCUCAUGAAAGCAUCCAUCAGAGACGACAACCCCGUUGUGUUCCUGGAGAACGAGCUGAUGUAUGGCGUUGCCUUCGAGAUGUCGGAGGAGUCACAAUCCAAAGACUUCACCAUUCCCAUCGGCAAGGCCAAAGUGGAGAGACAAGGGACUCACGUCACGCUGGUGUCUCACUCUCGAUACGUCAGUUACUGUCUGGACGCCGCUGCCGUCCUCGCCAAGGAGGGAAUCGAGUGUGAGGUGGUCAACAUGCGCACCAUCCGUCCUAUGGAUAUCGAUACUAUUGAGGCCAGUGUGAUGAAGACCAACCAUCUGGUGACGGUGGAAGGCGGCUGGCCUCAGUUCGGCGUCGGAGCAGAGAUCUGUGCCAGGGUCAUGGAAGGUCCAGCUUUUAACUACCUUGACGCUCCAGCCACCAGAGUGACAGGAGUCGACAUCCCGAUGCCCUACGCCAAAAUCCUAGAGGACAACAGUCUGCCGCAGAUCAAAGACAUCAUCUUCUCUGUCAAAAAGACCCUCAACAUCUGAGACACACACACACACACACACACACAGGACAAUCCUACCAGAGUCCUCUUUGUCUUGCUCACACAGAUAUUGGUCAAAUAUUUAAACCUUGUGUAAAUAACAGUCAAACGCUUUCUUUAAAAACUUCUCCCGACUGUUUAGUUUCCAUCCAGAUGUUGAUCGAUGAAACGCACAGCUGUUCAACCUGCACCCAGAGCUGCCGACACACAAGAGUUCUGUCAAGUCAUCACUUCUGUUACUCAUGUACACACUUAACCGAGCUCUGCGUGUGGCUCUGGUUGCUCUGUCCACUUCUUCCUCUUCAAAAUAAGAGUAGCUUUAUCCUGUAGAUUUUAAAACUGUAUUUCUGUGACAUUUGAUGACAACAAACUGCUGAGUGAGCAUAGAGAAGGUGAGGAUCUGAUCAGUGUACAGGUCUGAGAGCUGCCAGGGUCAGAAUAAAUGUGUGAACUUAAUUUCUUCAGCCCUCCAGAGGGACUUUGUAGAUUAAUGUUCCCUGCUCUCCUAUAUUUCUAACCACCAAAUCCACAAACUCAGUCUACUUACUUAAUUAUACCGACACUUAACUCAGUCUUUGAAAGCAGCAGUGAAGAAGAAUGACCCAGCCGAUCACUGGAGGUGGAGCGUGGUCCGGAUUAUUUAUUGUAGCUGCAGCAGCUCUGUGGAUGUUUUUGUUGCUGUAAAUGACUGUUACAGAAAUAAAAACCUUUGUCCUUCA